AUGGAAUUGUCUUCCGCAACAGUGGUGCAGGACGUGCUCAAGGAGGUGGAGGUGCAGGAGCCGCGCUUCAUCUCGUCGCUGACCGAGUGCAACGGCCGCUACGAGGGCCUGGACGUGGUGUCGCCGGGCGAGUUCGAAGUGGUGCUCUACCUCAACCAGAUGGGCGUGUUCAACUUCGUGGACGACGGCUCGCUGCCGGGCUGCGCCGUGCUCAAGCUGAGCGACGGCCGCAAGCGCUCCAUGUCGCUGUGGGUGGAGUUCAUCACGGCGUCGGGCUACCUGUCCGCGCGCAAGAUCCGCUCGCGCUUCCAGACGCUCGUGGCGCAGGCGUGCGACAAGUGCGCGUACCGCGACUCCGUCAAGAUGAUCGCGGACACCACCGAGGUGAAGCUGCGCAUCCGCGAGCGCUACGUCGUGCAGAUCACGCCGGCCUUCAAGUGCUCGGGCGUGUGGCCGCGCUCCGCCGCGCACUGGCCGCUGCCGCACAUCCCGUGGCCGCACCCGAACCUCGUGGCCGAGGUGAAGACCGAGGGCUUCGACCUGCUGUCCAAGGAGAGCGUCACGCUCCAGGGCAAGCAGUCCGCCAUGGAGGGCGACGCGUGGGUGCUGUCCUUCACCGAGGCCGAGAACCGCCUGCUGCUGGGCGGCUGCCGGCGCCGCUGCCUCAGCAUCCUCAAGACGCUGCGCGACCGCCACCUCGACUUGCCGGGCAACCCGGUCACGUCCUACCACAUGAAGACGCUGCUGCUGUUCGAGUGCGAGAAGCACCCGCGCGAGAUGGAGUGGGACGAGGCGUGCCUGGGCGACCGCAUCAACGGCAUCCUGCUGCAGCUCAUCUCGUGCCUGCAGUGCCGCCGCUGCCCGCACUACUUCCUGCCCAACCUCGACCUCUUCAAGGGCAAGUCGCCCUCGGCCCUGGAGAACGCCGCCAAGCAGGUGUGGCGCCUCACCCGCGAGCUGCUCACCAACACGCGCUCCCUCGAGAAGCUGUGA